GGACGUGAAGUGUUGAUGAUUAUUUAUAUAUAUCGCAUCCUUUUGAUCUCAUUUUUUUCACGUGACUUUUGUUCAAAAAUUUAAUUAUUGUAAUUAAUAAAAUUUUAAUUAAUAUUUCAAUCGCUAGUAUAUUUUUGAAAAUUCAAUAAUAAUUUAUCAGCAAAAUGACUUGAUCAGUAAUCAAAUUCCUGAGCAAAUACAUACGGAAAAAUUUUUUUUUUUUUAUUUUUGAUAGAACCCAAAAAAAAUAAGUAAAAAUGCUACUGAUUGGAAGCUUCUUCCGAAGAAUAUUUAAGGACUUGCGGCAAAAAGAGCUGCUGCCGUUGAAAUUAAUAUUUUUUGUCCAAGCCUCGACACUAUACGUCCUCUAUCCUUAUCUCACGAUACACAUGAGAGAACUUGGAAUAAAUGUUGAAGAAACGGCAAUUAUGAGCGCGGUAACUCCGUUCAUAGCAAUUGUAAUGCCGCCGGUUGCUGGAGUCGUCGCUGAUCGUAUAGGAAAUUUCAAGAUAAUGCUGUCAUUCUUUUCAUCACUGGGAGGUGCAGCAGCACUUCUUUUACUGUUAGUUCCAGUCGGUAGAGUGACUGUUAAGUAUCCAGAACAAAUUGUUAUGGAUUUAGGCUGCUCUAGAAAUGACAGUAAUAUAAUAAUAACGAUUAAUCAAAUGAAUCAUCAUUGUGAUAAUCGUGUUAAUCUUGAUAUAAUAGCCGGUGUACAAAGCUGCGGUUAUAUUUGCCACGUUGAUUUGCACAAUCAUACUCAUCUCGACUAUAUUUUGACGUCAAAAUCUUAUUCCGUUGAGUUUUUAUAUGAUAAUUAUUUUAACGAGAGUAAAAAACAACGCGUUAAGUAUAAUCGACCUUACGCCGAUUAUAAUCAGACAACAAUGACACGUGAUGAAGUAUUGGAACACCGUGUAUUUAGGAACAAUGAGUAUUAUAAUUCAUGCAUACGUCAAUUAUCACGUAGCACAGUAUUUUUUCCCACUGAUAAUCACUUGGAAUUUACUUGCCUCACCUCAAAUCACUUAGAAACAGAGAGCAACUCAACGACCAACAAAACAGUCUGUAAUUUCAAGCAAUCUCCUACUGAAAUAACUCCAGAUCCAAAUGACCGGGGAUUCACAGCCAAAGUAAGGGCUCUGGUCGACUCGGAUCUGGACGUCUUGGAAAAAAGGAAAAGAUUUAUUGUGGAAAAAUUACGUACCGAAGAAAACGCGAACUGGAAUUUGGGAAAAUGCGAAUCUUUGAACCGGCCGUACAGGGUUUCGGCUCAGGUGUCGGUUGAUGAUGUGGAAGAUCCUAAUUUCGAUAAUAAUUUGAAUUUCAAAGGAUGCAGUGAACGCUGCAUUAUCACCGCGCCGAGAAAUGAUAUUUGUACCAACAAAGAUACUGUCAUAGAAUACAAUAUACAGUUGACUUUUUGGCUUUACUUAGCAAUUCGUGUUUUUAUAAGCAUUAUUGGCGGCACAGCAUUCGCGAUGUUCGAAGGUGCAGUUAUCGCAAUAUUACGUGAACAAAAUGCUGAUUAUGGGCUACAAAGAAUUUAUGGUAGUAUUGGUGGUAUGAUAUCAUCACCAUUAUCAGGAAUGCUAAUUGAUUAUGCCAGUACCGGUAAAGAAUACACCGAUUUCAGGCCAGCGUUUUAUUUGUACGCGGGACUCAAAGUGGUAUCUGGUGGGUUGAUGCUCGCAAUUAAUCUCGAAUUUAAGUCGCCGGCCCACAACGUCUUAAGUGACGUUAUCAGCGUGCUGAAGAACGUCGAAAUAGUCGCGCUGUUGCUGGCUUGCUUUAUGCUAGGUACGGCAUGGGGUUACGUCGAGUCCUUCCUCUUCUGGUUUCUCCAAGAUCUAGGAGGUUCAAGGUCACUGAUGGGUAUCACAAUAACCGUCGGUGGAAUAGCCGGGAUUCCUCUUCUAGUGUUAUCUGGUCCGAUUAUCAAAAGGAUUGGUCACGCAAAUGUUUUAUUCAUCGGUUUUGUUUUCCAUGCAAUUCGUUUACUUGGUUACUCGCUAAUUUACAAUCCAUGGCACAGUUUGAUAUUCGAGGCAUUGGAAUCUGUAACAACAUCUCUGAGUUUUACUGCAGUUGUUACGUACGCUGCUAAAUUGUCUACCACAACAACCGACUCAUCUAUUCAAGGUCUUCUAGGCGGUCUUUAUUACGGCGUCGGCAAAGGGGCAGGAAGUCUAAUGGGAGGUUUUAUAAUGAAAGCAGUCGGGACACGUCCGACUUAUCAAAUAUUUUCGGUGGUAUCAUUAGUAAGCGGUCUUAUAUAUUUCUUCUUCAACAUGUGCUAUCUGCAAAAGCGCCCGCAAGUCGAGGGGAACGAUAUUGUGAAGAAGGAGCCGAAGAAGUCGGUGGAGAACGGAGUGAACUUGGGGGAGAAAAAUAAUAAAAAUGAGCUGAAUAUUAAAUACAACAAGAGCAAGAAGGGAAACGAAAACGGCGGACUGAAGAAGAAUAUUGAAAUAAAUUUAAAGGCCAUCGAGGCAGCCGCCAACGGGAGCAAAGCCGCCGAGGCUGAGGCUCAGGACGUCGACGUUAUCAAACGCAUGCCGGAAGAGAAUCCCAAGAUUAAGAAGAACAAGAAUAAGAAGCUUAAGAAUAGCAAUGAGAUGAAUUUAAAUAAGAUCGAUACCAGGGACGGGGCUACGAAUCCGGGGUUUCUGGAUGAUCGUAAUGACGAGAGUCAGUGCAAUGUUACUGUUGAGAAAGUACCGGAAGACAAUAAGUGAUAGAUUCUUGUUGCUGGAUACACACGAUUAUAAAGUCCUUUGCUAUACCUUAGAUAUAAAUGAUGAAUGAGUGUGUUUGUAUGUUUGUGUGUGUGUGUGUGUGCGUGUGUGUGGGUGGGAGUGUUGUGAAAUUGUCACACAGAUGCUGGACUUGUUAAAGGCGUCUUGCAAACGCUGAUGAGACUAUUACGAUACAAUUUUCUCAUCGUUGUGAAUGAUAUUGGUACUUCCGGAUACUCAGUAUACGUGACAUGCAACCAGAUGUUAUAUAUGUGAUAAAGUGAUAAGUUAGUCAAGUUCUUGAGGCUCAGUAUUGUAAAAUCAGAAAUGUUACUAAUGAAUAUUA